UCCUUGCUAAUACGGCACGUAAGGGAUGGAACGUGGUUGUAACGAAAAUGGCAAAGAAUCGUCCUGCGUACUAGCCUAUUUGCCCUUACGUACGAGACCCUGUUUAUAAACAAUAGGAACUUAAAGUUGAAAUGGUGUAUUCGACACUUUGAAACUUAGCAUAGAAUCAGUUUUUCGCAACAAAGUGAGCGAAAUGUCGUUGAUAAGACUUAACCCACAAUCGUGCGUCAGAUUGGUUAGAAUUUGUUACCACGGCAAAAGAGAUUAUUCCGCCGUUACCCAAAGUGAGGAAUGUUCGGAAAUUCCACAGUAUCCACAAAUUUACGAUGUAUCACCUAAAGGAAAAAUAAAAACAAAGCAUGAACGUUUUCACAAGGAAAUUCAAAAUCUAAACACAGUUGAGGAAAAAUUGAUGAAGAUCAACAUGCCUCGUUACUACGGUUGGCGAUGUGUAAAUGUGUGUGAAUCGUCCAUACCCUAUAACGCGGAAUUAAUGGCCCAAUAUACUACUAGAACACACAUUGUUAAAGAACCAGGUCUGCCAAAAUAUUAUGACCGCAUUAUCUCAUCCGAUAAAUUGGACGCAGCGGUACAACAGGUUAAAAAACGGAUCGAGGAUGUUAUUUUAUUUGAACACAUUAGUCACAAAAAAUAUAAAGAAUUGGAAUUGAUCGAUGCCGAGGAUCACAAAGCAGCUGUUGAUUCCAUGGGUGACAAACUUGUCGGUCAGAUUAACAGAAUUAUACUAGCUACCUUGUCAUCAGAAUCACCACAUUUAUUGGAAGCACAAGUCGAUUACGAACCUCGUAUCGAAGCUUUUUGGUGGUCGGGAGGAAUGUGGCCUCCAAAAUACAUUGUAAAAAGAAAAAAGAAAACUUAUCUUGCGAAGUACGCCGAGGACCUAGUUGACCGACGUAUCCAAUACCAUGGAACUCCUACUUUACAACUCAGGCAUGAAUUUCCACUGAAUGAAAUCGUCAGUUUGAGUGAAUCUGAAAAUCCGGACUUUAUCGUCCCAGAAUUCCGAUAUGACCCUCGAGUUAUUGGCUACAAUUUAAAGGAGUUUCAUGGGACGAAUAUUCCUGGGUUUUGGCCUGGCGAUAAAAACGAAUUCGGUAUCAUGUCAUAUCACAGACGUGGUCACAUUGAUGCUCGAAAAUCUUCCUUCAAGGAUGAGAAUGAAGCCUUGGAUGUUCAAGCUGUAUUUGCAUCCUAUAGUUGGCUUCUUUCACAAGCAUGCUAUCAAGGUUUUUCCACAUUCAAUGACUUGACAUAUCCUCUAGUAACGCAAACUGUAAUCUCAAAUGGACAAUUGUGGUCGUUUUAUGCAUACCAAUUGAAUACAACAGUGAUGCAUUCAGAGUAUGCAGAUGAAAACCCUAGGAGAAAUUUAUGUUGGAAAACAGGACCCUUGAAGUUGUUUGAGACGAUCGCAGAUGGAAAGCUUGUUGGAUUCAAUGAUGAUGUAUUGAAAGAAUUGAUCAAGUUUUAUGGAAAUACACCGCAGAAACGGAAUGGCGUUAAUAUGACGCCAUAUUUGGGUGAUGAUGAGAAAAGGGUCGCGGAUAUAAAAGAUUCAGAGAAGAGAGAAUGGCUUGAAAAACAUUACAAACAUAUGGUCAGCAAUAGGCCGAGACAUAGGCAAAGAGAAGAAAUUGAUUGGUGGGAACGAAUUUACAAAAUCUACUUCAACACAAGAUUCAUGGACAGUAAACGAAAACAGUGGGAAUUUGGUAAAACGCAUUCUGGCCGAAGAUAUGAUGAUCAUGCACCUGAAUAUAUACCAAAAGUUUUGAGGCCUGGUGGACCCAAGAGUAAAAUCAAAUUCAGAAAAACCUAUUAUCCUUGAAGGUGUGCUGAGAAUGAUCUUUGUUGGUUAUUUUGUCACAUGAUGUAAUAUACGUUAGUAAGCCGAA